AUGUCUCUAACCAACGCCACGCCGCUCCAAGUCGCUCAGGCGGCAAGACUCGGGUCCCGGAAACUCGCCGUCUUGUCUACCGAGGAACGGAAUGCCGCAUUGAUAGCUAUCCAUGCCGCACUAGCAACUGGAAAAGAGGAGGUUCUAGCGGCCAAUGCGCAGGAUCUGGAAGCUGCGAACAAGGCUGCAGCAGGAGGCACGCUAAGUGCAAGUCUAGUCAAGAGACUGGAUCUGGGGAAGCCGGGGAAAUAUGAGGAUAUGCUGCAGGGAAUAUUGGACGUGAAGGAUCUGGAAGACCCAAUCAACAAGACCACCGCGAAAACCCUCCUAGACGAUGACCUGGUACUGUCAAGGAUAACAUGUCCUAUUGGCGUGCUUCUCAUCAUCUUUGAAGCUCGGCCUGAAGUCAUCGCCAACAUCUCUGCGCUUGCCAUCAAGUCCGGAAAUGCAGCUAUCCUCAAGGGUGGCCGUGAGUCUAGCAACAGUUUUGCGGCUAUUGCAUCCAUCAUCUCCAAAGCUCUUCCAUCAACAGCAGUCCCAUCCGACUGUCUGCAACUAGUCCAAACACACGAUGUCAUUGCCGACCUACUAAAGCAAGACACAUACAUCGAUCUUUGCAUUCCUCGUGGUGGUAACAAGCUGGUUCGCUACGUCAAAGACACCACCACCAUUCCUGUUCUCGGCCACGCAGACGGAAUAUGUUCAGCUUACCUCUGCGCUGACUACCCCGCUGAGAAAGCCGCCAAGAUCGUCUUAGACGCAAAGGCAAGCUACCCGGCCGGGUGCAACGCCCUUGAACAACUCAUCGUUGAGGAAGCAGCCCUCAGCUCCACCCUUCCCACUGUCGCUGAGGCGCUGCUACAAAAGGGAGUGUCGCUGCGCUGCGAUCCCACCUCUCUGCUCGCACUCAAAGGCAAAUUAGACCCGCACUCCGCAACACUGCUCCAGGAAGCCGGACCAGAGGACUACGACACUGAGUUCUUAGAUUACAUACUCGCGAUCAAAACGGUGACCAACGUCGAUGAAGCCAUAAACCACAUCAACGCACACGGCUCUCAUCACACAGAUGCUAUCCUGACGACCUCAGAAGCCACAGCAAAGACCUUCCUCGCUGCCGUCGACUCAUCUUCUGUUUACUGGAACACCAGUACACGCAUGGCCGACGGACAGCGAUAUGGCUUUGGUACUGAAGUCGGCAUCUCGACGAACAAGAUCCAUUCUAGAGGACCUGUAGGACUGGAGGGCUUGACAAUCUACAAAUGGGUCAUUGUUGGUGACGCACAAGUCAGCGCAGACUAUGGCGCAGGGGGUAAGCAGUGGAAGCACCAGCGACUCCCUGUAGGCGAUGAAGAAAGCAUAGCUAGGGAUGACGAGGAGAGGGAGGUGUUGAGGAAGUUUAGGGCAAGCAAGGCUUAG